UAAAGCUUUUUGCCACAUUGGAUUUUGUAAGAGCCCUCUAGUCAAGUCUUUUUAUCAUGCGAGAUGUUGAAAGAUCUUUAUUGUAAGAUUUGUGCAGAGGUGCAAGUGCCCACCAAUGUAUAUGUCAUGCACGUACUUGAAGACGCAGACAAGGACACGGGUAACGCCGUGAUCAAACUGACCGGAAACGAUCGGCUGAAGCAGGUGGAAAGACUAGAUGACAACGACUUGCUUGCAGUUUCAAAAAUUCUGAAUGAUAAUAAAACAGUAGAAGGUUUAGAUUUAAGAUAUAAUGACAUCACAGACCAAGGAGCAAGACACUUAGCAGGACUUCUUCAGGAGAAUGUGGCCAUCCGUUCCUUGGAUCUCAUGUGUAACAAUAUUGAGGCUGAGGGAGCGGAACACAUUGCAAAAAGUCUUCAUUUGAACAAAACAUUGAGGUCCCUAAGAAUGACGGGCAAUAAAAUUGGAAACAAAGGAGCCAUGCACUUCGCCAGCAUGCUGCAAAUAAAUAACAACCUGGAACAGUUGGACUGCUCUGACUGUGAUUUGGAUACUCAAAGCCUGAUAGCCUUUUCCAUCGCCCUGAACAGUAAUAAACACAUUUGUGCCAUUAACCUGAGUCGGCCGUUGCUCUAUAGCUAUCAGGAGGAGACCACUAUUCACAUGGCUCGCAUGCUAGUAGUGAAUCAGACUUUGCGUGAGCUGCACCUUGGGAAGCAUGGGAUGACAGACACAGGGGAUGAUGGAGCCAUCCACUUCAGUGAGGCCAUUCUGCUGCCCCAGUGCAAACUCAAAGCAUUGUCCAUCCCUAGCAACAACAUUGGCACUCUGGGUUUAGUUACUAUUACAGAGGUCAUGAAGAUCAACAGCUCUCUAUCUCAUAUUUACAUCUGGGGCAACAAGCUGGAGGAGCCUGUGUGUGUGGCAUUCACCAAACUCAUGAGGAGUGGCAGGUUGCUGGAGAUGCACACUGACGUCUCGCCCUAUAUGGUGGAUGGCAAGGUUUGUUUGGCAGAGUUAUUUCAUGGUCUGUGCAGGCAUUUCUACUGGACUCCCAGCUACGGCGAGGAUGGAGACUUUGCCAGCAAUUCAGCACUGGCCCUGUCUGCUAAUUCAGAUGAUCUGCUGGCUCUUAUGGCCCCACUGGACUGACACUUUUGGCCACUCUUGCUAAUGAUCAUUGGUAGUAACUGGACGAAAUGAGAUAAAUAAUAGGCUAAUUACAAUAACAAAU